AUGGGGAUCGAUUUUGAGGGACCGGGGAGCGUGAUAACGGCGAUCGGGGUGCUGGCGGUGAUCAUCACGGCGCACGAGUGCGGGCACUUUUUCGCGGCGCGAGCGCGGGGGAUACACGUGAACGCGUUCGCGGUGGGGUUCGGGCCGAAUCUUUUCACGUAUCGCGGACCGGAGGUGGAGUAUAGCUUGAAAGCGAUCCCGCUCGGGGGAUACGUGGCGUUUCCGGACGAUGAUGAGGAUUGUCCGUACCCGGAGGACGAUCCGGAUUUGUUGCGCAACAGGCCGACGAGCGAUCGCGCGUUGGUCGUCUCCGCGGGCAUCAUCGCCAACGUGCUUUUUGCGUUCGGGAUUUUGUACAACCAAGUCACCACGGUUGGAUUCGCGGAGCAAAAAUUUGAACCCGGAGUCGUCGUCAAGGCGUUUACGAGUUCGUCGGUCGCGCGAGACGCGGGCAUCGAGGCGGGCGAUAUCAUUUUAUCCGUCGACGGCGAAAAACUGGCGGCGAGCGGGAAAUCGGUGGGUAAAGUCGUGAACGCGGUGAAAAACUCGCCGAACGAUGUCUUGAAAUUCGAGCUCAUGCGAAUCGGCGCGGACGGGGCGCCCGAGGUGAAGAUUGUCGAGUUGCGCCCGAGCGCGACGCCGACUGGCGACGGUAAAGUCGGCGUCAAGCUCGAAUCCAACUCGAGCGUAUCCAAACAUAUCGCGAGCAAUCCGAUCGAGGCCGCUUCGUUGGCCGGUAAUGAAUUCGCUCGGUUGACGGCUUUGGUGUGGAAAAGCCUCUCUGGUUUGUUCCUGCACUUUGACGACAACAAGUCGCAGGUGAGCGGGCCCAUCGCCAUCGUGGCCACGGGGGCAGAGGUGAUGCGAAGCGAUGUCAGUGGGCUGUAUCAGUUCGCAGCAGUCAUCAACAUUAACCUCGCCAUCGUCAACUUGCUUCCUUUACCAGCGCUCGACGGUGGAUUUCUACUACUCAUCGCCAUCGAAGCCGCGCGGGGCGGGAAGAAGAUUCCGCUCGAAAUUGAGCAAAGCAUCACAGGCGCGGGCGUGCUGUUCCUGUUGAUUUCGGGCGCGUCGUUGAUACUUCGAGACACGAUAAAUUUGAUUCCUCAUUAG